AUGAGUAUCAACGUUGACUCUUACCCGAUUAUUCUUGAUCAUUGUAGACAUUACGAAGGAGGGUUUGGCAUGGACCUCGAUCAUGAUUACAUGAACACAUACGAUGAUCCAUAUCCCAUCUCAACAAUGUUGUUGGAUGAUAACAUGAGCUCCCAAGAUAUCCAAACUCUUAUUCUCCAUAACCAUUUCCAACUACUUGAUCAUCAUCAUCACCAAUAUCACCAAAACAAUAUCCAAAUAACCAAUACAGAAGAUGUUAUCGUCUAUUUUGAGGAUCCAGUAGUUCCUGAUCUUGUGGUUGCCGAGGAGUCGUUACACAAAAAUGUCACAGAAGAUCCUAUAUUACAGGAAGUCAGUAGUACCACUGUGGAGGACGUGUCCAUGACUCAAACGACUUCUAACGACAUGGAUUUGUCUUCCACCGUGAAUAUUUCGACCUCAUCAUCACCGUCAUCGUCAUUUGUAUUUCUGACUAAAGGGAUGGUGGAUAAGAACGAUGAGCUUAUUGUUUUCCAUUUGGUCAUGGCUUAUGCGGAAGCCAUGGAGAUGGGGCAGGAAGAACUGGCCGCCGUGAUCGCCAAACGCAUCAGCGAGAAAGUCAGUCCGGUAGGGGACAGUGCAAUCGAGCGUUUGAUGUAUCACAUGUUCAACCAGAAUCUUCCGGCCGACUACAAACAGCCGCCGGAGGAGGAUUACCUGAGGCAGGAAUCAAUGAAGAACUUCCAUCAAGCUUUCAAGGCCUUUUAUCAAAUCUUCCCACAUGGGAAGUUGGCUCACUUUGCAGCCAACUUAGCCAUCCUCGAAUCCUUGCCUAAGGCUGAGGAUGAUGUCAUCCUCCGCAUAUUUGAUUUUGACAUUGGAGAGGGAAUCCAGUGGGCUUCUUUGAUCGAAGCUAUGGGCAGUCAUAAUCAUGGACACGGCCUGCUAGAAAUGAGGCUGACAUCACUUAAAUUUGUAGCUUCCGAAAUGGAAGAAGAACAACUUUGGAAAUUUCAGGACACAAAGAGAAGGCUGUGUGAUUACGCGGAAUCGUACGGCCUGAAAUUGGAGAUGGACGAAAUGGAAUGGGAUAAUGAUGAUGAUGAUGAUGCGCUGAAUAUGGAUUCAGCAUCAUCAUCAAGAAAAGAAUUUUACGUGUUCAAUUGUAUGGUUGGACUUCCACAUAUGGGGAGAGUGAGAAGAAGAAGAGAUGUUUUCAACUUCUUACAAAAGUCCCAUGUUUUUUUGGGUGGAAAUACUAAUGGACGCCAUGGAUAUAAUAAGAAGGGAAUUGUGACUUUUGGGGAUGGGGAAGCUUGGGAAAAAGCCAGGAACGCAUUUAACUAUGCUUCAUAUUUGGAUGAAAACAUGGCACACUACCAAGCUUUAUUGGAGUCCAUAGAGCAUAAUUUUCCGAGUCAUCUCGGAGAUGCGAGGACAGCCAUGGAAUGCCUCUUUGUGGCACCGUUUGCUUCUUGUAAAUCGUGGGCUGAAAAAUGGGUGGAAAGGAAGAGAUAUGGCGACCAAGAUUGGGUAUCUUCCUCAAGGUUUGGAGGGCUAAUGGAGGGUUUGAGUUGGAGCAAAGAGAGUUUGUUGGAGGCUAAAGAAGUUGCGAGGGAAGGGGAAAGUUUGUAUCGAGUAAGGGUUGAAGGUGAAUGCCAUAAUGAGUUGAUCAUGGAAUGGAGAGAAAUUCCAUUGGUGAAAGUCUCCUGCUGGAAAAGCACUUGA